CACGAAUCCGCAAAUUGUGCAAGUGGUGAGAUCUUCUGCUCUCAUGCAAACAUUCCCAGAUCGCCAGGAUUCCUGUUAAAACGAGUGUGCGUGUCUCUCUCAGUGUCGUUCACUGUAGUGGUUCCUGGUGAUCCUAUAGCGGCUCAUGUGGGAUCCACAGUGAUUCUUCCCUGCUGGAUCUCUCCUCCUGAGAACGCUGAAGCUCUGGAGAUCCGCUGGUACCGUCACGAUCAGUUCAGCACCCCUGUUCUGCUCUAUAAUCAUGGGAAGCUCCAGGACGUCCAGGAGGAACCGUACAGGAACCGAAGCUCUUUGGCUCUGCGGUCAGAUCAGUCUGGUGGACUGAAGGAUGGAGACGUCUCUCUACGGCUGGAGAAACUCAGAGUACAAGAUGAUGGAUUUUUUCACUGUUACGUGAGUGGAGAAAGUUUAUAUGACAGCCGAGAAGUGGUUCUCAAAAUCACAGCUUUAGGAUCCGCUCCUGUCCUGUUUCCAAAGCCUCUAGAUGAUGGGCGUGUGAACAUCAGCUGCAGGUCCAGCGGCUGGCUUCCAGAGCCCAGCGUCUCAUGGACGUCAGAUGAUGGAAGGGCUCUCCGUCCUGGAGGAUCGUCUCACAGUCGUGGAGCAGAUGAGAUGUUCUCUGUCCACAGCUGGACGGCCGUCUCUCUCUCAGACGCUCAACUGGUCUCAUGUUCAGUCUCUCUCAGAACUGGAGAAUUAAAAGAAGGAAGACUGAACAUACAGGGAAUCGUGUCUUCAGAUCCAUCAGGUUCAUGGAAGGCUCUUUUCCUCACUUUUCUCAUCUGUGCUCUUCUGGGUUUGGUUGGGCUGAUCCUCUACAAAUACAGAGAGAAACUAACAGGAAAGAAACCAGCUACAGAAGUUUGUGAGGAGGAAACUCUGGAGAGACUGAGAAAAGAAGUUGUGGAGGACAUCGAUAUAGAAGAACUGAGGAAACAUGCAGUUGAGAUCACUAUUGACCGUGAGCGUUUACAUCCAGGUCUGAAGCUUUCUAAGGACUGUAAAACCGUGAGGGACAGUAAAGAUUAUCAGCACACUGGAGAGGGAUUUCCAUUUGAAUUAUGUGCAUUCGGAGCCCAAAGAUUCACCUCUGGUCGUCACUAUUGGGAGGUACAGCUGGUACAAACAAAUACAGCUCCCAAAAACUUCUGGUUAAUCGGUGUGGUGAAACAUGGACAUUUUACUGCAAGAGACAGAUCUGCUUUAACUCCAUCAGCUGGUUUCUGGUUCUUGUGUUCAGACGGUCCUCAAGGCUUUCACACCAACACUGAUCCAUCGAUUAGCUUCUCACUGACACCGAGACCUGAGCGACUGGGAGUUCUGUUCGAUUAUGAUGAGGGUCUGCUGGCAUUUUACAACGUCAAAGAGAGUAAACAUCUCCUGACCAUCAGCAGCAGAUUCUCUGGAUCAGUUGUUCCUCUCUUCAAUCCUGGUGCAGGUGAUCUGAGUACACUUAAAAUCCUGGAUUGUCCAAAACCUGUAGAAUCAGCUGUAAAGUCCAGUGAUAAUCCAGAACCUGUAGAAUCACCUCAAUCCAGUCAACCUUUACUGAGCAAUAACAGCUCAGACGCCUGACUGACUCAUGCAGUUUAAGCAGAAGGACAUACAUGCAUACAGGGGCGUGUCUAAAGGGGUGGCAUGGGGGGGGGCACCGGCCCCCCUAAAAAUAUGAUUAGCCCCCCCUUGUGCCCCCCAACAGCGCAGACUGAUCCGAGUAUACGAUCUGGAGCAAUUCAGGUGCAUUUAAAAAAUCUCACGUGCUGAUGUGAUACACUAAUCGGCAGCAUAGCGCCGCUUGAAGUAGAACACACCUACUCACUGUCUGGUUCACUGCCAAUCAUUUCCCGUAUAUUCACGACACCAUUGGAUUAGAGUACUGUCAAUUACACAGCUCAAACAGGAGAAGCGCGAUUUCACAGGCUAUACUAUAUAUAUUGAAAUACGUUAAUGUAUGUUGAAAGCUCCUUAGAGUUUGUGCUUUGUGUUACUCAGCCGUGAUGCACCAGCAGUCCAGCACCGCUUAAAAUAAAAAUCAUUAUGUUGCGUUUCUUCCUGUUGUUUCAGAGAUUAAAGGCACCUGUGCAGUGCCAUUAUUAUGUCAUCCCACUUGUGUUGGGCCACAUGACUUUCCCAUGGGCCCCCCCCGGCUGGUUCUUGGACCCCCCUGCAUGCAUAAAAAAAUACAUUUAUAUUUACAUUUA